AUGAAUCUCUCCUCCGUCGUUUGCGACAACUUCGAACUGAUCAUCAACACGGAGAAGACGGUGGUAAUGCACCAACCCCCAUCCAACACGGCCCACAGUGCGCCGCAAAUCAGCGUGAACGGAACCCAAGAGCAAGUGGUGGACAACUUCACGUAUCUGCGCAGCACCAAAAUCGGCGAUGACGGGGCCCGCCGGAUUUACAAAGCCAGUCAGGCCUUCGGACGUCUUCAGAACACAGCUUGA